UAAGCCGGCGCCCGGCGCGCAGGAGCGGGCAGAAGAGGUCGCAGCUGCCCGGUGCUCAGCAGCGCCCCCGCGCCAGCCUCCCCUGCACGGAGUGACCCAUUCCACCGAUCGAUCAAUAAUCGAUCGCCUGCUGCUUCCAGCCCCUUUCUCUUUUCCACGGCCUGUUUUCCAAGCCGCCUGUUGCUUCACCUCCGCCUGACCUCGCAGCCGUUUGGGGACCGACCCUGCCGUUUGGGGACCGAGCUAUUUUUGCACCGGUCUGCUGCGUCGACGGCAAAGGGGAAAGGAGCCCGGAGGAGAGGGACGCGCGGGGAAGACCUCUCUCGCCUGGCUCUCCUGCCCGAAUCGAGACGAAGAUUCAGGGGAGGGGGAAAGGUCCGCUUUGCAACCCCCCGCCACCCCCACCCCCCUCCAAGCACAGUGUCGGCAGCUACAGAGGAACGACGAUGAAGCAUCAAUUUUCGGUGGCGUUCUUCCUGGCUUUCGUCUUGCAGACCGGAACCUGCAAUGGAAUCAAAUGGCUAGCCUUGUUCAAGACUCCCUCAGUCCUGGCCUUGAAUCAGACGCAACACUGUAAGCAGCUGGAAGGGCUGGUGGUCUCCCAAGUGCAGCUUUGCCGGAGCAACCUGGAGUUGAUGCGCGUCCCAUCCAGGCCAUGGGAGGGAGAGGUGAUCAAAGGCGUACAAGACCUUCUCUCCGACAUGCUUGGGUGCUCCUCCAUCGAGCUGGCCCCAAACUACCUGCUGGAUUUAGAGAGAGGCACCCGAGAGUCAGCUUUUGUGUACGCCCUCUCUGCCGCCGCCAUCAGCCACACCGUCGCCCGAGCCUGCACCACUGGGGACCUCCCUGGCUGCUCCUGUGGUCCCAUCCCAGGUGAGACACCUGGACCUGGGUAUCGCUGGGGAGGAUGUGCAGACAACCUCAACUAUGGUCUGGUCAUGGGGUCCAAAUUUUCAGAUGCUCCCAUGAAGAUGAAAAAAUCAGGAUCACAAGCAAAUAAGCUGAUGCAUCUCCACAACAGUGAAGUAGGGAGACAGGCCCUGAAGUCUUCUCUGGAAAUGAAAUGCAAAUGCCACGGAGUCUCCGGCUCCUGCUCCAUCAAGACUUGCUGGAGAGGGCUUCAGGAGCUCAGAGAUAUCGCCCAGGACUUAAAAAACAAAUACCUUUCGGCUACAAAGGUGGUACAUCGCCCCAUGGGGACGCGCAAACAUCUAGUCCCAAAGGAUAUUGAUAUCCGCCCCGUCAAGGAGACGGAAUUGGUUUACUUGCAGAGCUCGCCUGACUUCUGCAUGAAGAAUGAGAAAGUCGGCUCCCACGGGACCCAGGACAGGCAAUGCAACAAAACCUCCAACGGCAGCGAUAGCUGUGACCUCAUGUGCUGCGGGCGUGGCUACAACCCGUACAUGGAUAAAGUGGUGGAGAGAUGUCACUGCAAAUACCACUGGUGUUGUUACGUCACCUGCAAAAAAUGCGAGAAGACUGUCGAGAAAUACGUGUGCAAAUGAGGCCCUUCCUCCUCCUGGCCGGCCCACAGACUGAGGAGUCCACGCCACAGCCUUCCACGACAGGAGAAAAGCUUUCCCAUGCUAGACAGGGUUUACUUUGCGGAACCACGGGGGACAAACAUUCAGCGGAAAGUGACCGCGGCGUUCGAACGAGCACGUUUACCAAUGUUAUGCUCUCUUUUGAUUUCAAGCCGAAAAAAACCACCCGAAAAAAACUCAGAGACUUCAAAUAUCAGUUCUUCUUGUUGGAUCUCGGCUGCAGAUACAAACUAGAAGGAAAUAACCCCAGUUUUCACGGGUGCCAGCUGUCAUUUCUUUUCGGUGGCUUCCAGUUACUAAGUGCCUACCGUCUGUGAUGGGGUGGGGAGCUCUUCUUUGGGUGGCGGGAUGACGCUUGCAUGAAAAUAAUACGGGAAAGCCAUUUUGUCUCUAUGUUGUAAAAGGCGUGACGCCCCAGAGAGACCGGCCUUCAGUCCCUGACGAAGGAAAUGCUUGGUUGUUUCAGCAGAGUUUUUUUUCGCUCUUUUGGCUUUUCUCCCCUCUUUCCCUUAACAAAAACGGCCUCGCCUUUCAGACAGUCACAAGGACUUCGGGCGACAGAAAAAGAAAGGUAAUUGCCGAGAACAAAACCCAUGCCAUUUUCUGGCCUUUGAGCGUGGAGGCCCUAGUCGACCACUUGUUCUGCAGGAUGGCUAUUUUGAGAAAUUUGGGCGAAGAAGAAGAAGAGUUUGGAUUUAUAUCCCCCCUUUCUCUCCUGCAGACGACUCAAAGGGGCUGACAAUCUCCUUGCCCUUCCCCCCUCACAACAAACACCCUGUG